AUGAGGAUAAAAUCUGUAGCUGAGGAGUCGAUGAGGAUUGGAGAGAUGGCCGAGGAGAUGAAAGAGUGUUGGGUGGCAACUGUUGUGGAGGAUAGCCGCAUUCUAAUAUUAUCUCCCGAGGAGGAGAAUGUUAUUGACCACCAAGGCAUCUCCGUAAACACAUACUACAAUGCAAAGAGGGAAUUUUUUAAGCAGGGAGAAUCGGGGCUUGGCACGGCUCUUGAGAGACUCGGCAUUGGAGACGGGCAGCGAAGUGUAAUCACAAGUCUGGUUCUAAAGAUGGAGUCGAGUUAA